UCGUUUACAGUUUCUUCAGUGCAGCCAAAGUGAAACACACAGAAAGCUACGGAGCUCACGAGGUAGCAUUAGCUCCUCUUAGAAGGUAGUUUGAAAACAGGUUUGGUGUUUUCGGUAAAUAUUUCCGUGUUUUCAGUGAAAAUGUCUUCAGUUCCGCCUCAGAGAGAGUUUAUCAACGAGCAGGUAACUCCUGCUGGAGAAACAUUCACAGAGUUUAAAGAAAUCAACGUUAAGAUGGAGGAAGAGAUGGAGGAUCAGCGCAGACUGAUGGAUUUUACCCGGAUACCGAGGAUCAUCUUACACCGGAUAGAGUGGAAAGAAAUCAACGUUAAGAUGGAGGAAGAGAUGGAGGAUCAGCGCAGUCUGAUGGAUUUUACCCGGAUACCGAGGAUCAUCUUACACCGGAUAGAUCUCCCACAAUGUUGUGUGUGUAAAGAGGAGGAGGUUCUCAAUAAAACAGAACCACAGAGGAACCAACUCAUCUCUCAUGGCUCUGCAGAAGCUGAGAACCGGGAUCAGGAAGGAAUCAAUUCUGAAAACCCAGGAAAAGAGAGAAAGGAAGAACAAAAACAAAAGGAGAAAUAUGAGAAAACCAAAGAGCAGAAAGGCAGAACUGACACUUCAAAACAAAAAAAGCACAAGAAAGCUCACACAGGGCAAAAAUUAUAUUCUUGUAAAAUUUGUGAUAAAACCUUUUCUCAAAACGAUAUCUUGCUGAGACACAUAAGAAUUCACAAAGAUGAGCGGCCUUUUUCUUGUGGGACUUGUGGAAGAGGUUUCUCCCUAAAAACUAAUUUAAAUGUUCACAUGAGAAUUCACACAGGUGAGAAGCCUUUCUCUUGUGGGUCUUGUGGAAGAAGUUUCUCCCAAAAAGCCCAUUUAAAUGCUCAUAUGAAAGUUCACAAAGGUGAGAAUCCCUUCUCCUGUGGGACCUGUGGAAAGAGUUACAGUGAAAGAUGGACUUUAACUAAUCACAUGAGAAUACACACAGGUGAGAAGCCCUUCUCAUGUGGGACCUGUGGAAAGAGUUACAGUGAAAGAGGGGCUUUAACUCGGCACAUGAGAAUUCACACAGGUGAGAAGCCUUUCUCUUGUGGGACUUGUGGAAAAAGUUUCUCACAAAAAGGACCUUUAUCUUAUCACCUGAGAAUUCACACAGGUGAGAAGCCUUUCUCUUGUGGGAUCUGUGGAAAAAGUUUCUCUCUGAAAGGCCAUGUAAAUGCUCAUAUGAAACUUCACACAGGCGAGAAGCCCUUCUCAUGUGAGACCUGUGGAAAGAGUUACAGUGAACGAGGGACUUUAACUAAUCACAUGAGAAUUCACACAGGUGAGAAGCCUUUCUCUUGUGGGAUCUGUGGAAAAAGUUUCUCUCGGAAAGGCCUUGUAAAUGCUCAUAUGAAACUUCACACAGGCGAGAAGCCCUUCUCAUGUGAGACCUGUGGAAAGAGUUACAGUGAACGAGGGACUUUAACUAAUCACAUGAGAAUUCACACAGGUGAGAAGCCUUUCUCUUGUGGGAUCUGUGGAAAAUGUUUCUCUCGGAAAGGCCUUGUAAAUGCUCAUAUGAAACUUCACACAGGCGAGAAGCCCUUCUCAUGUGAGACCUGUGGAAAGAGUUACAGUGAACGAGGGACUUUAACUCGGCACAUGAGAAUUCACACAGGUGAGAAGCCUUUUGCUUGUGGGAGCUGUGGAAACAGUUACAGUAACAGAAGUUAUUUAUCUCGUCACAUGAAGACUCACUCUGAUGAGAAUCCAUAGGUCCAAAACAGAUCCGAUCUAAUUCGCAUCUAAUCUUAUGGAAAAUCUGGUCAGAUGAUGUAAACAGCAAGUUGAACAUAUUAAAGUCAACAGAUUCUUGCAGGCUGCUAGUGAUUCACUGUGAUUGUGUCUUUCACUGUCUGACCAAGAUAAACCUGAGGUCUACUUUUGCCUAGCAGCUUGUUUUCCUUAAUCCAGUUUUUUGUUUUAAUUCUCAGUCGUAUUUGUACUUAAGAUCCCCAUCAGUAUCCCAUUAGAUACUGAAGUUAAAGAGGGGAACACAUUCAGACAGGAUUAAUUUCUGUGCAUUUCAGUUUUCAUGGAGUUCUGUACCAUGUAGAAUAAUUGAGUUUAGCUUUUAUUUGAAGUUUCUGUGUAUGACUGGAUGUAAAAUACUUUAGAAAUGAAAGCAGUGAAAUGUUCUUGUUUUUCCAUAAAUAAAACUCUGAUGUUUGUUUGAAAAAAAUCUCUAAAAUAAUUUUGAUCUGGUCAGAUUUUGAUUUAGAGCUAACCACAGAGAGGUUUUUAUGUUCCCAAAUUUUUGUCAUUGUUACACUUUGCUAUGAGAAGCAAAGUAUAUUAUUAAAAAGGUUUGUUAAAAUAUACACUAGUAUUUUGAGCAGAAUAUGCUUUUUAAUAACUGUUGACUUGAAUAAAUAUCGAUGGAUUAUUCA